AUGUCUGGAGAGCCGAAACACAUCAACCAGCUCGAGCCGUUCAUGUUGCUGGCCAAAAAUGCUAAAGGACCCGCUUUGAUUGCCCUCAUAAACCAAUUACUGGAAGCUCCGGGGGUGUAUGUCUUUGGCGAAUUCCUAGAACUCCCCUGCAUUCAAGAGGUAGCUAGCUAACUCGCUUUUUUGGUGUUACUUUUUCUAACUGUAGUGGAGUGACUUGUGCAUGAAUGUGGGGUGCAUUCAUUUUUCACUCAAAUGUAAUGGCUAACCCCACAACACCAGAUGUCACUGUUUUCAAGCCAUCUGUAGGCUAUGUGAUAGCGUACAAUGUUGUCAAUUUGUCCUCACUCACUGCUCUCUUGUAGCUGUCAAAAGGUCCCAAUGAAGGCUACUGUCAACUGCUCAACAUGUUUGCCUAUGGCACAUACCAUGAUUAUAAAGGUAGUUGAUCCUUUUCAUGUUUUUUUCUGCUUGUGUGUUAUUCAUGUUACACGUUAAUGGUACUACAGCAGGGUUCUUCAAUUCUGGUCCUCGAGGGCCGAAACACUUCUGUUUUUUAUUUCUACCUGGUAGUUAAUUGCACUCACCUGGUGUCCUAGGUCUGAAUUAGCCCCUGAUUAGAAGGAGAGGAUGAAAAACAGAGGUGUUUCGGCCCUCCAGGACCGGAAUUGAAGAACCCUGUACUACAGUAUCUAUCCACAGGUUGAUUUACAUUUUAGUCAUUUAGAAGACACUUAUCCAGAGCGACUUACAAUUAGAUAGUGCAUUCAUCCUAAAAUCCUUAAAGCUGCAAUAUGUAACUUUUUGCGCAACCGACCAAAUUCACAUAGAAAUGGGUUGAAUAGUCUAUAGAUCUGUCAUUCUCAUUGAAAGCACAUCUAAGAAGCGGGAGAUAUGUACAAUGUGCACUAUUUCUAUGCUUCCCGUUCGUUUUUGCAUCUUUUUACUUUCUGUUUUGUGUGCCAGCUUUAAACAGCUGAAAAUAAAUAAAAUAUUUUUGGUUAUGAAAAAUAUAUUUCACAGCAGUUUAGAUGGUACAAUUAUUAUCUACACCAGGGGUCUCCAACCUUUUCUAGCAUGAGAGCUACUUUUUAAGAUACACAUUUUAUUUAACUACAAAAAAAUAUUAUAGCUUUCAAAUAAACACAUUCUUCUCCUCUCCUCUCACCUGCAACUCUUCCCCAGGUCCUUAGUGUACAAGAGAAAGUAGUGUACAAUGUUUUCUGUUUUAUAUUUUACCAAACUAUGUUUUCUCAGGGGGAAAAAUCCUGGUUUGAGAAUGUUUUUUCACUCAAUUACAAUUGUUCAUAGAGAAACGAAAUUGGAUGUUCUGAGUACAUGUUAAUGGUUAAAUCACAUCAGUAGACAUAAUUUUUUUAGGGUCUGGUAGAAAACAAAUUUUUGUUGUGUAAUUCCCCUUUAGUUGUGCAUCUUUCCUUUAAUUAUGCAUCUAGCGAGCGAGGAAUGUGACAGCUAAUGUGGGGGUCUAGCGAUGGUUCUGUACUGCUGUUGCUAAUUUCACAGCAAAGUUUGCAAUAACAAAUAAUAGAUACAAAUUAUAUACUUAUUCAUGAUAUACUUCUGCCAGGUAAGCCUUCUCAGUUAACAUUUAAUUGACAAGGUUUUGGGGAAAGUAUUUCUGUCAACCCACAAGAUGGUUAUCACAUCAACUGGCUACACACAGGAGUGAUCUAAAAACGCAUGCACCACACAGACAGACGGGCAAUAUUGCUGGAAAUUAUUUGGCAGAUAAUGUGUUAGGUUUGUUUUUUUUGCGCCAAUAGUGGCUAACCAGGGGUGGUAUAAUGUCAAUGUUGCGUUGAUUAGAUGUUAUCUGUGAGCUUGCGGUAUCUGAUACUUGUCCACUUGCAUGUACUUUAAGAAUUGUUUGGCGAUUUACUCAUGUGUGGGCUACGAGCUACUGGUGGGCUACGAGCUACUGGUGGGCUACGAGCUACUGGUGGGCUACGAGCUACUGGUGGGCUACGAGCUACUGGUGGGCUAUGAGCUACUGGUAGCUUGCGAUCAACCUGUUGGAGACCCCUGUUCUACACUAUACUUGCUUGUUUUAUCACAUAAACGUAAAUUAUGCAAACUAUUAGAAUUUUAGCAAGCAGGAAAUUGCAGAGCGAUUUCUGCAUAGUGCAUCUUUUAAGUCUAUUGAAAAAUUAAAACAUCUCCAAAAUCCAUCAGUUUAACCUAGUUGACAGUCUUUUUAUUUUACUUUUUUUUCAUUUUUGAAUGUGGUAUUCAAUGUGUUUCUAUGGGCUAUAGUAGUAAAUGCCAAAUUCAAUAUUUAUCAAAUGUUUUAAAUAUUUGUUUAUUUUAUACCUAAAGGGGUCCUAAAAAUCACAUUUGUAGCGAAUACAUCUUCCCUCAAUAAGCAUGCUAGGAAAAUACAAUUUUUUUUGGUCCUAUUUGUCAUUUCAGCAUUCAAGGAUACUCUACCCCCCUUGACUGAGACCCAGAAGAACAAGCUAAGGCAUCUGACCAUUGUCAACCUGGCUGCAAACACGCAGGUUCGUACAGGACUGUCUACUGCAACAGACCCGAAGCAGCCCUAAAUAUUGAUUGUGUAUUGUGGUGCAGACAGUUUGAGCAAAGAAACAGAGAGCAGUAGGCUUUCUUCCUAUUCAUGGUAUUCAUUAUUGGUCCAGCACCAGUUUGCAAAUGUGUAAUGUGCAGCAUCACUCUCACACACUUCUGUUUAUUAUUAUGGUGACUGCAGGUGAUCCCGUACUCAACGCUGCUGAAGGACCUGGAGGUGGGCAGUGUGCGUGAGCUUGAGGACCUGGUGAUUGAGGCUGUGUAUGCUGACGUGAUCCGGGGGAAGCUGGACCAGUGCAGGCAGCAACUGGAGGUGGACGCCUGCAUCGGCCGGGACAUCCGCUCCCAGGGCAUGGGCCGCAUCUCCAGCAUACUGGCACAUUGGUGAGGAUGGGGGGGGGGGGGGGGUCUACAUAUACAAGAGUUCUGCAUAUUCACGUUUGAGAUUGUAGACCCGGUUAUGAGCUAUUGAGUUUUUUUUUACUUUUCUUACAGAAGCCAUGUUAGAAUGUUAUUGUCUGUGUCUGAUGAAUCAUUAAUCAUUGUAUCAUUAGUCCUGCUUUUCUACUGUAUGUUAUAUGCCCGUUUCUCUGUCCACAUAUAGAUUCUGCUGAUCUAUCUCUUGUAUGUGUGUCCACAGGUGCAGUGGCUGUGAGAGCAUCUCUGCUUCCAUAGAGGAGGAGGUGGGCAGGGUGAGCCAGUGCAGAGAGAGCCACCUCAAAACUCUGCAGCAUAUCGAGGCCGAGGUGAGAGAAACAUUCAGAGAGGGGUGAGGUGGGUUGUAAGAAAGAAUAAGGGCUCAAAUUUCAAGUGUGCUCUGUGGUACUUUUUAGUGUUGUCUCCUUCUCUUUUCUGUUCUCUCUCUCUCUCUCUCUCUCUCUCUCUCUCUCAUUUAUUCUAUUCUUUUCAAGGGCUUCAUUGGCAUGGGAAACAUAUUAACAUUGCCAAAGCAAGUGAAGUAGUUGGUAAACAAAAGUGAAAUAAACAAUCAAUAUUAACAGUAAACAUUACCCUAAGAAGUUCCAAAAGAAUAAAGAAAUUUCAGAUGUCAUAUUAUGUAUAUAUACAGUGUUGUAACAAUGUGCAAAUAGUUAAAGUACAAAUGGGAAAAUAAAUAAACAUAAAUGUGGGUUGUAUUUACAAUGGUGUUUGUUCUUCACUGGUUGCCCUUUUCUUGUGGCAACAGGUCACGAAUCUUGCUGCUGUGAUGGCACACUGUGGUAUUUCACCCAGUAGAUGUGGGAGUUUAUCAAAAUUGGGCUUGUUUUCAAAUUCUUUGUGGAUCUGUGUAAUCUGAGGGAAAUGCGUGUCUCUAAUAUGGUCAUACAUUUGGCAGGAGGUUAGGAAGUGCAUCUGUUUCCACCUCAUUUUGUGGGCAAUGUGCACAUAGCCUGUCUUCUCUUGAGAGCCAGGUCUGCCUAGAACGGCCUUUCUCAAUAGCAAGGCUAUGCUCACUGAGUCUGUACAUAGUCAAAGCUUUCCUUAAGUUUGGGUCAGUCACAGUGGUCAGGUAUUCUGCCACUGUGUACUCUCUGUUUAGGGCCAAAUAGCAUUCUAGUUUGCUCUGUUUUUUUGUUAAUUCUUUCCAAAGGGUCAAGUAAUUCUCUUUUUGAUUUCUCAUGAUUUGGUUGGGUCUAAACGUGUUGUUGUCCUGGGGCUCUUUGGGUCUUAUUUGUGAACAGAGCCCCAGGACCAGCUUACUUAGGGGACUCUUCUCCAAGUUCAUCUCUCUGCAGUUGAUUGCUUUGUAAUGGAAGGUUUGGGAAUCACUUCAUUUUAAGUGGUUAUAGAAUUUAACGGCUCUUUUCUGGAUUUUGAUAAUUAGCGGGUAUCGGCCUAAUUCUGCUCUGCAUGCAUUAUUUGGUGUUUUUCGUUGUACACAAAGGAUAUUUUUUGCAGAAUUCUGCGUGCAGAGUCUCAAUUUGAUGUUUGUCCCAUUUUGUGAAUUCUUGGUUGGUAAGCGGACCACAGACCUCACAACCAUAAAGGGCAAUGGGUUCUAUAACUGAUUCAAGUAUUUGUAGCCAGAUCCUAAUUGGUAUGUUGAAUUUUAUGUUCCUUUUGAUGGCAUAGAAGGCCCUUCUUGCCUUGUCUCUCAGAUCGUUCACAGCUUUGUGGAAGUUACCUGUGGCGCUGAUGUUUAGGCCGAGGUAUGUAUCGUUUCUUGUGUGCUCAAGGGCAACGUUGUCUAGAUUGAAUUUGUAUUUGUGGUCCUGGCAACUGGACCUUUUUUGGAACACCAUUAUUUUUGUCUUAAUGAGAUUUACUGUCAGGGCCCAGGUCUGACAGAAUCUGUGCAGAAGAUCUAGGUGCUGCUGUAGGCCCUCCUUGGUUGGUGACAGAUGCACCAGAUCAUCAGCAAACAGUAGACAUUUCACUUCAGAUUCUAGUAGGGUGAGCUCUUUCUUUUCUUUUUCUUUCUUUCUUUUCUUUUCCUCUUUCUAUUUGUUUUUCUUUUUCUAUUAUUUUAUUUUAUUUCUUCCCCCCCCCCCCCCCCCCAAUUUAAGGGGCUUUAUUGGCAUGGGAAACAUAUGUUUACAUUGCCAAAGCAAGUGAAAUAGAUAAUACUAAAAAAUGAACAGUAAACAGUACACUCACACAUUUCCAAAAGAAUAAAGACAUUUCAAAUGUCAAAUUAUGUCUAUAGACAGUGUUGUAACGAUGUGCAAAAAAUAAAUAUGGUUGCCCUUUUCUUGUGGCUACAGGUCACAAAUCUUACUGCUGUGAUUGUACACUGGUAUUUCACCCAAUAGAUAUUGGAGUUGAUCAACAUUUGAUUUGUUUUUGAAUUCUUUGUGGGUCUGUGUAAUCUGAGGGAAAUAUGUGUCUCUAAAAUGCUCUCUCCCUCUCCUGUCUCGGUCAGGUGGGUAACAUCCGCAGGAUGAUGUCAGCGACCCCAUCUACGUCCACUCAGGACAUGGACCCUCUGGGGGAGCAGGAGAGGGAAGGGGCCUUGGCUGGCUCCGGGGCCGAGCGCAGGCAGACCCCCCUACAGAUGAUCUCCAAGGCCAAGAGCCUCAACAACCAGAGACACUGA